AUGUCGUCCUUCUACGUCGUCGAGCAUACCAUCCCAUGUCAACAUAUCCGAGAAUACCCCAGAGCAUUAAGUGGCUCGCAAGAGGAUGUACUACAGUUAGCAGUGAAGCAAUAUAUACCAAAAGACAACCCGAACCCGCAGCCAGGGGAUGUGACCAUAAUAGGGGCCCAUGCGAACGCCUUCCCGAAGGAACUGUACGAGCCGUUAUGGGACGACAUUCACGCUCGCUCGAAGACGAAUGGGUUCCGAAUAAGAAGCAUAUGGAUCGCCGACGUUGCGCAACAGGGCCAAAGCAGUGUUCUCAACGAGCAGCUCCUCGGGAAUGACCCUAGCUGGAAUGACCAUGCCCGAGACCUGCUGCAUCUCAUCAAUCUCAAGAGAGAUCAAAUGCCCCGGCCUCUGAUUGGCAUCGGCCACUCAAUGGGCGGUAACCAUCUGGUCAAUCUUGCAUACAUACAUCCCCGUCUCCUUACCACGUUGGUCUUGAUCGAUCCAGUAAUACAAAUACACUCCAGUGUCGCCCCAGAGGCUGGCCCCAGCCCGGCGCGUCUGUCUACGUUCCGCCGCGACGUCUGGCCUUCUCGAGAAGAAGCAGCAAAAGGCUUCAAGGCCAGCAAAUUCUAUCAAGCAUGGGAUCCGAGGGUGUUGGAUCGGUGGAUCCAGUAUGGCCUACGAGACAUGCCCACGUUAAUACACCCAGAGAAGAAAGAACCGCCGAAAGUGACUUUGACCACCUCACUUCACCAGGAAGUCUUCACAUUUCUGCGGCCCAACUAUGAAGGGUACGGAUACAAUGGGAAACCCGUCAAUAGGAAAACUCACCCGGACGUGAAUCCUACUGUUCCCACCAUAUAUCCUUUCUAUCGCGCGGAAGCACACCAAGCAUUCUUCCGGCUGGAAGAGCUGCGGCCUAGUGUAUUGUACAUCUUCGGCGGCAAGUCCGAAGUCGGGACUCCUGAGUCUUGCAAGGCUAAGAUGGAACAUACUGGUGUCGGUGUUGGCGGGAGCGGAGGGGCCCCAGCCGGCAGAGUGAAAAGUGUAUUGUUCGAGGAUAUUGGACACUUGAUUGCCAUGGAAGCUGUGGACAGGACUGCUGAGCACUCCAGCGCCUGGAUAGCCAGCGAAAUGAAGAUAUGGAAGGAGGAUGAAGACGAGCACAAUCAGAUCUGGCAAGCGAAAUCGUUACUCGAGAAACAGACGGUGGAUGAAAGAUGGAAGACAAUGAUAGGAGGUCCGCUGCGCAAUCCGAAACAAACGAAGUUGUGA